UGACUGCCCGAAGCACUGCGAAAGUUAUUCAAUAGGAAAGCGAACAGGCUAGGAAGGAGGGGUCCUCAACCUCCUCGUGCCGCUCCAAACACCCUCUCCAAUCUCUCUAAUCUCGCAAUCGAGUCUGCUUGAUGACAGCCGUGUCAGCCAGUUAUCAUGGAGCGUCGCGAAACAGGCAAUCUAAUCGAUCUCGACGAUGAUGACGAGUUUUCCGAAUUUCAAGAAGCGCCCGAGACCUCAACGCCGCCCUCGUCUGCCCUCCCACCACACACCGACCCUGCAUUGACAUCAAGUCCCCGACCGGAGCCACGACCGUCCCAGCGGUCACCGCCACCCCCUCUAUCGCCCUCUACCACUUCCUCGGGGUACGGCAUAGGCUCUGCAGUCUGGGGCCUCCUCCGCCGCAUCUCGACGGUGGAUAACCCGCCCACAACACCGCCGGGCGUUUCGCAGCUCUACAACAGCAAUGCCAACUCACUGGGGAUGGUUCCAGGCGCCGGUGGGGACGGGAUAAACGGUGCCUUCACACCGCCUAGACGGACGGCAACACCACGGGGUCUACCGUCCCUCGACCCGAUCAACUUGUACGGGUACCGCGCGGACACGGACCCCGACGAGCGGCUCCUGGCGCGCGGUGUGGCCGAGGAGAUUCGUACAUUCUUGCCGGAGCGCUUGAAGAUCAUGGAGGAUUGGCGCCUUGUGUAUAGCCUGUACCAAAAUGGGAGCUCCCUUGCCACGCUAUACCAACUAUGCGAAAAAUAUCGCGGGGUUCGGGCUGGAUUCGUGCUCGUUGUGAGGGACGGCAAGGACGGGAUCUUUGGUGCAUAUCUUACUGAAGCACCACAUCCAGCGGCGUCUUACUACGGCACAGGAGAAUGUUUUCUAUGGCGUGCUAGUCUUCACGCGCCUUUACCGCCCCCGCCAUCUGCCGACACCACGAACUUGAACUACCGGACGACGACUAUAGCAUCGUCUACAGCACGCGCUCCGAGCGGCUCCUCCAGUAGCGGCGCGGAUCGUCUAACCCCCGGUGCCGUCGACCCAGAGAACAUUAAACGCGUACCAUCACCCGUGGCGGCAACCCAGAGCGUCCGUUUCCAGACCUUCGCGUAUACUGGUGCCAAUGAUUAUUGCAUGUUUUGCGAGACUAAAUUUCUGAGCGUUGGUGGCGGGCAUGGGGGAACAUUCGGGCUGUGGCUAGACGACAGUCUCAGCCGGGGCCAUAGCGCCGAAUGCGAUACGUUCCUGAAUCAACCACUCAGUGAGGAGGGAGAAAAAUUUGACAUACUCGGUGUUGAGUUAUGGGUCGUAGGUGCUAGCUAAGGACUCGGUGACACGAGUGAGCUUGAAGUGGAUGAAGGGGACGAGCUCGAGAUACGAUGCCGAGAAAGAAAUGAUGAGGAAGAUUGAUCGAAUUACUAUGGGAUAGAUUGGAAGGAGAACUAAUUAGGACUCUAAGCUGGACAACGGGCGAAAAUCGAAACAAGUCUUUAGAAUUUCGCAAGAC